GGAGAGAAACCUUUUCAAAAUAACGAACAUAGGAGCGCCUUCUGCCUAAGGAUGGAGAUUCCUGAAUAUCGGAACAUUCAUAUUGGUGAGAAACCUUAUCAGUGUAACAUAUGUGGGAAGACCUUUCGACUAAAAGCCCAACUUAAUCAACAUCAGACAAUUCACACUGGUGAGAAGCCUUAUACAUGUAACGAAUGUGGAAAGGCCUUUCGACUAAAAGGACAGCUUAAUGAACAUCAGAAAAUUCAUACUGGUGAGAAACCUUACCAGUGUAAUGAAUGUGGCAAGGCCUUCUGCAGGCGUUCAAACCUCACUGAACAUCAGAGAAUUCAUACUGGUGAGAAACCUUACGGAUGUAAUGAAUGUGGGAGGGCCUUCUGCCUGAGUGCAGCUCUUACUAAACAUCAGAGAAUCCAUACUGGUGAGAAACCCUAUGAAUGUAACAUAUGUGGGAAAGCCUUUAGACUUAAAGCACAGCUUACUCAGCAUCAGUCGAUUCACACCGGGGAGAAACCAUUUGAAUGUAAUGAAUGUGGUAAAGCUUUCCGACAAAAAGGACAGCUUAAUGAACAUCAGAAAAUUCAUAGUGGCGAGAAACCUUAUCAGUGCAAUGAAUGUGGCAAGGCCUUCUGCAGGCGUUCAAACCUCACUGAACAUCAGAGAAUUCAUACUGGUGAGAAACCUUAUGAGUGUAACGAAUGUGGGAGGGCUUUCUGUAGACGCUCUAACCUUACCGAACACCAGAAAAUUCAUACUGGAGAAAAACCUUAUGAGUGUAUUGAGUGUGGGAAGGCCUUUAGCCAGAAAGUAAAACUUAUUCAACAUCAGACAAUUCAUACUGGUGAGAAACCUUAUGAAUGUAAUGAAUGUGAGAAGUCCUUCCGUCUGAACACAGCGCUUACAGAACACCAGAGAAUUCAUACUGGAGAGAAACCUUAUGAAUGCAGCGAGUGUGGGAAGGCCUUCCGCCUGAAAGCACAACUUAAUCAACAUCGGAGAAUUCAUACUGGAGAGAAACCUUACGAAUGUGAUAGAUGUGGGAAGUCCUUCUGUUGGGGCACACAGCUUAUAGAACAUAAAAGAAUUCAUUCUGGAAUGAAACCUUAUGAAUGUAAUGAAUGUGGGGUAUCAUUCCGCCUGAGAAGAGAGUAUACUCAACACCAGAGAAUUCAUUCUACACAGAAACUAUAUGGAUAUAAAGACUAAUGGAAGACUUUGUUCCUGAGCUAUCAUGGGUUUUUGAGCAAAGAGGUGACAUGGACAGAGCUCUUUUAUGGGAAGGUUAUUUUGCCUACUGGUUGGAGCAUGGCAUGGAAAGGGCAGUUAAGUUAACAUAAUAGCUUAGUCAAGAAGUGAAGAAGGCCUGAACUAAAGUAGUAAGGGUGAAGUCAUCAACUUGGACUAACCGGAAGAACCGUAUGUAUUUAAAGAAUGUAGAAAGUCUUUAAACCAGAGCACAAAACUCAGCCAAUGUCAAAUGAUCCAUAUGGAGAAAACCAUUAUGAAUGUAACCACAUGAAAUGCUUAAGCUAGUCAUCAUUCUUUACUAAAAAUCAGAGAACUGAAACUUAGGGAAACUUUCUAACAGUAGCUAUUCCAGACCUAUUUCUUCUCAUAUCUGCAAUGCCAAACUUAUUCCAUAUGAAUUAGACUCUUUAUUUGCUGAGAAAAUGGGAGACAAUCUCAUGGGUACUCCCAGAACUUGCCUUCUCAACCAUCUGAAGGCCAUCAUACAUGCUCAUUCCUAUCAUAGAGGAAUAAACUUCUCCCCUUUUUUUAAGACCUUACCUCAUUGCAUUAAUCCCAUCGCCUCUUGCUAGUUCCAUGAUGUUAUUCCAGCCAGGCUUCAUCUUCACUCUAUCCACCUAAAUCAAGAUAUUCCUAGCAAGUCUCCAGUUAAACUGUCCAAAAGAAGUGCUGAUUUUCAGCUAUGUGUAACUCACUGUGCUUGAUCCUGUAGAUAAGGACAAAGACCUUAAAGAAGCCCUGGGCUUCUCAGAGCUGUUAAAAAUAGUGACAUCUCAGUGGAUAAGCACGUCACGAGAAGAUGUGGUAGAGGAGGCCCAUCUAAGGGGAUCCCAAAAAGGUCCUAGGGCAGGUGGCCAUGGAAUCAAGCAUUCAAUGAAGCUAACAAGCUUUGAGAAGGUGAAGGCAAAGGGAAGAGUGCAUUUCAGAAUAUAGAAAUUUGUUUUGCUUGAGUAUGCUCCAUACAAGGGAGGGUUCUGUGAUGGUGGGGAUGGAGUUUCAAGUGGUCAUGACAGAAAUACAAACACAUAGCAAUACAACAUUUUAAAAGAAACUUUUCUUUUUGUUAUUAUGAACUUGACAAACAUAAAAAACACGAAUGUUUCCCCAGACCAGAUACUCUUAACCAUUUUUGUAUCAUGGGCUUCUUUGGCUCUCUAUAUCUCUCUCUGUCUGUCUGUCUCUCUCCCUCACUUUCUCUCUGUCUCUUUUCAAUUCACAAUUAAAGGAAAUGUUAGAGUUUAGUUGGAAAUUGAAAAAUAAAAUGUCAAUUCUUUUUCUUCCAUCCCCUAAAAUCGACUCCAGUUUAAGAAUACCUGCCCUGGACAAAGAACAGAAAAAGAAGAAUGAACAUGAAACAGUAAAUCUCUUGUCACGUAUAGAUUGGGAUUUUCUUUCCCUUUCUUUUUGGUCUUUUUUCCAAAUUCGAUGUGGCGGUUUCAAAACUUCCCUGCUUUUCUCUGAUCUCUUCUGGACUGACCUCUAUUCUUGUUGCUUCUUUUUGUAUCCACAGAAUUUAGCUCAGAAUCUGACACAUUCUACAUGCUAAAUAAA